CACGACAGAGGCGUAGGAGACGAGAUAAACGAAAACAGAUAUAGAAAAUCGAAUGUCGAAGCAGAACAAAGCAAUGAUAGAAAAUCGAGCUUGAUCAGUCAUUAAUGGCGUUUGAAAUUCCAGCUUCUCUAAUCCGUCAAGUGCGGAUUGCAAUACGUGAAGAGGUUGGUCUCUCCCCUUACGAUCCAGAUGAUCCUUCCCUCCCCAACUUAGCUACCAUCGAAGAUUCACUUGCUGAAUUCGAUCCUUCACCGCUUUAUCUUCGAUGCAAGCAAUGCAAAGGAAGACUUAUCAGAGAUCUUCAAUCGAUAGUUUGCGUCUAUUGUGGCGCUCAACAGAGAAAAGAACUACUUCCUGAGCCUCUGCCAUUUAAAACAACUUUUGGGUAUCGAUGGUUGCUCGAAUCUCUGGACUUGGAUGGAUCUGAGACUGUUGACUUGUCUGCUGGAGUGAGUGGUUCAACUAAAAGCCAGAAUGCAUCCAAGGAGGAGUUGGUUUUGUCUGAUUUGUUGGAUAUAAAACUUCAUUCGCUUGCUGAGCCAAAUAAAAUUGAAAGUAGCUUUACAAAUGAGGCACUAAUCCAGAAUAAGAACUCUUUGAACUUUGCAGGAGUUGACUUUGACAAUAUUUUCUCUGAAAUAAAGAACGAGGGUGUUCCUAGUUUGUCAAAGGAAGAUUUAGUUUCCAAUGAGCAAUUCAAUAAGGAAAUGCAAGGUCAGGGAAGUCUUAAUUUGUUUGAGAAUGUUCUGUCUUCUGAUAAAGCAGUGAGGUCACUAACAACUGUGGGUGAUGCUGACCCUUUUUCUGACUGGACGGCUGAGUUCCUGUCUGCCAGUUCUGGAACUUCUCCUGGGGACUCCAAAUCAUUUGACCCUUUUCUGGGUUCUUCUAUAAUUAAUGCCACUAGUUCUGUGGAGGACGCCUUUGUUCCUGAGAACGAUGUGAAGUUUAAAACUGAUGGGAGAGAAAAUGAUGUAAAACUAAAGAAUGAUUCAGUUCCUCUAGCUUCUAAAAGAGAUGACUGGGUUCAAGGUAAUAUGUGGGAUAUAUCCAGCACUGAGAUAUCUGGCAAGACUCAGCAGUUUGAGGUGAAGAAUGAAACUAAUCAUGUUGAGCCUAAAACCAACUCAAAUAAUCUUUCCUCCAGUGGUGAUAACUGGUUUCAAGAUGAUCUAUGGCAAAGCAGCGGUAUGAAAGUGGCUGAGUGUGAAAGAAUUAAUGAAGAUGAUGAGUCCUUGGAUGCUUGGCAUGAUUUUACGAGCUCAGGAAAUUUGCCAGAUCCCUUUUCAAAUCCUUCAAAAGUGACUGGCUCUUUGACAACUAACUCUUUUGCACAAGCUUCGGAAGCAAGCAUGGUGGGCUUAUCGAAUGACUUCAAUGAAGUGGACUUCUCCAGCUUUUCACAGCCAGAUCUCUUUUCCGGAGCAUCAAGUCUUAAAAAUCUGUCGACAGAUGUCAAUGAUAUGCAAUUAGAAGUUACUGUUUCUGACAGGAUGGUGGAAAUGGAGGUACAAACUGGAGCUGUUGCCAAGAGAGCACACAGUGUAGAUGGGGGUCUAACCACAACCAUGCAAUCAGAGGCUGCUGACCCCAUUGUAGAGCUGUUGAUAAAGGAGAUGCCGGAACUCUCCUUCAUGCUUGAGAAAAACCUUACGAUCUCCCAAAAGGAUGGUUUUGAUUAAUCUUUGUGAUAUUAAACCCAUUUGUUUCGUUUUGAGCAUUUCUGAUAUCAGGUUAAUUCUCCCUCUUAUGUUGUAAAGCCAAUAUUUUCCAGAACUUAUGUUGCCUCAUGUUUUAAUGGAGACAAAAUUUAAAUCCUCCCCUAA